UUACGACAGCGACGUCAUACAGACAGCGUUCACACAUGCUAAGCGAUCUCCUGCAGAACUUCAGAGUGAAGAUGAAGUCGCUAAAGUUCAUUAACGCUGAUUAAGUGAUUAGUUGUUCGCAGAGAUGUUGCAGUGGAGUGACAGGAGUCCUCAGCAGUGGCGGGAGUUUGUCAAUCAGGAGGUUUGUGUAACAGCACGUGAUCGGCAGCGCUUUGAGGGAUGCGUGUUCACGGUGGACCCCGUUUCUGCCAGUGUGGUGCUGGUGAGCUUCCCAGAGCAUGAGCGUCCAUCAGUAAAGGUGAUUCUGGGUCACGCGGUGACGGACGUUCAGAUCCUCGCGAGCGGAACGGAGGAGACGGAGAGACGAAUGAAGAGCUUGUUCCUGCCGGACAGAACGCAGGUCCUCAGUAAAGAAGAACUGAAGUCACGGAGAGAGAAUCUGCGUCUGUGGCUGGAGAAGAACAGAGUCCCGGUGACUGAAGACGGGGAUGUUCUUCGUGUGGCGAGCGUGCUGACCAUCAGCGCCCCCUACGGCACUGGAGACUGCAGCUGCGCCAAUGAGAUCAUCCUGGCAAGAGUUCAGAGUCUAGUUGAGAGCAUCCCUGGAGGAGAACACACUUCACUGUCCUAAACAAACUUUACUCUGACAGGCAUCACAUCACCGUUACAACCUGUUCACAAGUUCUGAGAGUGUUCGUUAAAUGCAUGAUGUUCAGGGUGGAAAGUUACAUUAUGUAAAUAUUUACGUUUAUUUAACAUUCAAAGUUAUUGUUUCCUGAUGAAUGCAUGAAUAAACUCUUAUGCACCAUUGCA